AUGUGGAACGGCAGAGUCAUAAUUACAACAAGAAAAACUGUAAAUAGAACAAGUGACAGUUAUCUUUCACCAUGGCUCUGUCUCGUAAAGAGUGAGCCUGCAGUUGUUACUGCAGCUCUGAAUUGCAUCAACAAAGGCUAUGACAAGAGAAAAACUAUGGAUAAGUUGUCAACCAUUCUUGAUGACCAAGCAUCACGCUUUACAGACAAAUUAUUUGAAGCCUGGGAUGAUUACAAAACUACCAGUAAGCAGUCAAAAACUAAAAAACGUAAAGAAGUGGAAAAAGAAGAAAAUCAAACAGAAACAGCUAGUAGAAAACGCCGAAGGUUUAUAGAUGAUGAAAAUGUUAACAUCCCUGGACCAGGGAAUCCCAGUCCAGGUCAACUCACAGCAGAUAAGAUAAAAGAAAUGAUGGCAAAUGCACAAAGAAUGAUUCAAGAACGCAAAGCCCAGCUUAGUAUACACACUCCAACCAUAUCUCCUGGCUCUUUAGGCAGUUUGCCAUCACCCUCUCAGACUCAGCAGUUGAUGACUGAUGCUGUCGAGAAGGCUAAACGAGCAGCUGAGUUACAAGCUCGAAUCCAAGCACAACUCACAGGUUUAUCAGCUGGCACACCUGGGGUCACUCUGCCAGUUACACAGAAAAACAUACAGCCUUCCAAACCUACUCCACUGAUUCUGGAUGAAGAAGGCCGAACCAUUGAUGCCAAAACUGGUCAAGCCAUCCAACUGCAGCACCAUACACCAACAUUGAAGGCUAAUAUCCGAGCCAAGCGCCGAGAGCAGUUCAAAGGCCUUAUAGAGAAGCCACCAGAGGAAAUAAGUGAAAGUAGAUUCUUUGAUGCCAGAGUUGGGACAAAACUUGCCCAAAGGCCUCGAAGAGGAUUUAAGUUCCAUGAACGUGGAAAAUUUGAACAACUGGCUCAGAGAUUACGAACAAAGGCUCAAUUGGAAAAGUUACAGAAUGAAAUUGCUCAGGCAGCAAAGAAAACUGGUAUUGCUUCUGCAGCCCGGUUAGCUACCAUUGCACCAAAAAAAGAGAUUAGAGAAGGUGAAACACCUGAAAUUGAAUGGUGGGAUGAGUAUAUCUUGGUUGAUGACAAUUAUGAUAACAUCACUGACACUGUGGAAAACAUGUCUGAAAACUGGAAAGUUCAUUUUGAUGGUAUUACUACUCUAGUUGAACAUCCUACCAUGAUGAAACCACCAGCGGAACCUGAAAAAGAAAUAGCCAUUCCAGUUUAUUUAACCAAAAAAGAACGCAAAAAAUUACGUCGACAAAAUCAGACGGAAGCACAGAAGGAAUUACAAGAAAAAAUACGACUUGGACUUGUACCUCCACCUGAACCCAAAGUGAGAAUGGCCAACUUAAUGCGAGUACUUGGAACAGAAGCAGUGCAGGAUCCAACUAAGGUUGAAGCUCAUGUACGAGCCCAGAUGGUAAAAAGACAAAGGGCCCACGAAGAAGCAAAUGCUGCUCGUAAAUUAACUGCUGAACAAAGACGAGAUAAAAAGAUGCGUAAAAUCAAAGAAGAUACCAGCUUAGGUGUAGAUGUUUCAGUAUACAGGAUACGAGAUUUAAAUAAUCCUGCCAGAAAAUUCAAGAUAGAGACAAAUGCCAAACAGUUGUUUAUGACUGGCCUUGUGGUCUUGUUUAAAGACUGCAAUGUUGUAGUUGUUGAAGGAGGACCAAAGCAACAAAGGAAAUUUAAGCGAUUGAUGUUACAUCGGAUAAAGUGGUCAGAAGCUCAACAGCACACAAAAGAUGAUGACAGUGACUCUGAAGAAGAAUCAACAAAGACUAACAAAUGUUCACUUGUAUGGGAGGGAACUACCAAGACACGUGCAUUUGGUGAUUUGAAAUUUAAGACCUGUCCUACUGAGAGCUUUGCACGAGAACAGUUUCGUAAAUAUGGAGUCGAAUACUAUUGGGAUUUGGCCUAUAGUAGUAAUGUUUUAGAGGCUGCUGGAGAGGAGUUAUGA